UCUGGGGCGGGGAAGAGGGCGCCAGGGGGCGGCGCCAGGGGGUCCCGUCCCCCCCCGUCCCCCGAGGGCCUUAGGUGUCCGCCUGGCAGUUGCCGCGCGUACUUUGGACGCCGCCGCCGCUGCCAACUGGCCGGGCGACCCCCUUCUCCCCUCGCCAUGCUGUCCCGGCGCCGCGCCCACCGCCCGCAUGUCCCCCUCGGCCUCUUCCUCUUCCUCCUCCUCCUCUCGAGCUGUGGGGCUGGGAGCCGGGCGCAGGAGGCGGGCGACGAGCCGGAGAGCCGAAGCGAAACUCCGCUCCGGACGCUGCAGCUGGAAACCCUGGUGGCGCCCCCCGACGGCUGCACGGAGCGCUCGGCGACGGGCGACACGAUUCGAAUCCACUACACGGGUACCCUUGAGGAUGGCCGCAUUAUUGAUACCUCCCUUACCCGUGACCCAUUGCUAGUGGAACUGGGCAAAAGACAAGUCAUCCCAGGCUUGGAACAGGGUCUACUGGACAUGUGUGUGGGAGAGAAGCGGAGAGUCAUCAUUCCCCCUCACCUGGCGUAUGGCAAACGAGGUUCCCCACCAGCUGUCCCAGCUGAUGCAGUCCUGCAGUUUGAGGUGGAGCUAGUCGAGCUCUCCAGAGCCAGCUACUGGCAGAAGACGCUGAAUGAUGUGCUACCUCUGCUCAGCAUUGUGCUUGUCCCAGCACUGCUGGGGCUCAUUGGCUACUAUCUCUACCACAAGGCCCAGGCACCCCGGGUAUCGAAGAAGAAACUCAAGGAGGAAAAAAGAAACAAAGCCAAGAAGAAAUAAAGUCACCCCACCUUUUUUAUAUAUACAUAAAAAAUACAGCUUUGUGG